AUGAUUAGAGAAUUCUAAAAGGAUAACACAGAGAGCUGUUUAGAUCUUAUAGACAAAGGGGAGAAUCUUGAUGAGAUUGAUAAGAAGACUGGCAAAUCUUUGUUAUAAAUUGCAUUAACAAAUAACAAUUUAAAAUUAGUGAAAGCAUUAUUGGCAAAGAAGGCCGAUGUUAACUUUGUGAAUCAUAUUGAUAAAAGCACUCCUUUAUUUACAUCAAUUUAAUUGAAUUUCUUGGAAGGAGCCUAAGCUUUAUUACAGACUCAUUAAGUUGAUGUAGAAGUGGAGAUCGAAGGUAGAUCUUAUUUGGAACAUGCAGUUGUAAUUGGAACAGUUUAGAUGAUCUAAUUGUUGAUAAAAUAUAAGGUACCUACGAAAGGAAACUUAUUGCAUUUGGCAAUAAAUGCAGAAUAAGAUGAAAACGCAUUAUACUUAAUAUAAAAUGAGAUUGGAUUAUUGAAUCAGGAUGAAGAUCAAGAGAAUGUGUUGCAUAUAUUAGCCUUUAGUGGCAAUGCCGAAUUGCUGAAUGCCAUAAUUAAAAGACAUAGAGAUAAUGCAUUAUAAAUUGACAUUUGGAAUUAGUAAAACAAAGAAGGAAAUGUACCAUUGCAUAUUGCUGCUAUAAAUGAUAAGUAAUUAUUCUUGAAGGUGUUACUUUAAAAUAAGGAUAAUGUCAACUUAGAUGUCAAUAAAUUAAAUAGAGCUGGAUUAACUUAUUUAUAGAUAAUUGAAGAUAGAAAAAAGAAGAUUGAAUUAGAAUAGUAGGAAUAAUAAGUUAGGAAAAGACAAAUAGCCGAAGAUAGAAAAGAGAGACAAUAGUAAAGAGCUAAGGAAGUAGAGAAUUAGAUCAGUGAAGAAAAAGAAGCAAAGAAAAGAUAAAAAGAGGCAGAAGCUAAUAAGGAAAUCUUAUAGAAGAAGGAAGACACAAGAAAUAGACUUGUGAUGUUGGGCAUCUUUGCAGUCGUUAUUUUAGGCUUUUAUGUAGUGUUGUAAUUUAGUAUAAAGAAAAAAUGA